AUGCAUCAGAAGCAUUUACAAGGAGACAAUAAUGAAGUUGAAACAAUUGGAGGAGUGGUUAGUGAUAAGGUUAUUAAUAUUAAUUCAAAAGGGAUGAAGGACAUCUCAAAUGACAACCUUAACAAAUCAAGAGAUCAUGCAGACAAUUAUGUGAAUAUAGGUGAAUCAUAUGAGGAGAAUCUACUUUAUACUGAAAACAGAAAAAACAAUAAUGAAAAUAGUUCAUCUACAUGUAGUGAAAAAUAUAUAAAUAUAUUUGACUCCAAUGAAAAGGAGUUACAUAGAACUAAAAAUGAAGAAGCAAAUAUCAGAGAAAAAGAUACCUUAUACAAUUCAAAAUCAAAAUUGUAUAAAACGAAAAAAAAAUUGUCGCCUUAUUCUUAUGAGGAAGAAACUGAUUACACAACAAUUAUCACAAAAAGGGAGAUUAAUAAUCAGCCUAAAAAGGAGUAUAUUAAUGAGCAUAGUGAGGAGAAUAACAAUGAGGACGCUUAUAAUUUGAAGGGCACAAAUAUACCAGGGGACUCCAGCGUAGGAGUUAUAGUUAAUAAUAGCUUGAUACUAAAACGUAAAGAUACGGGAGACACGGAAAAAAAAUGUUCUUUUAGUGAAUUAAAACAUAAUAAUGCACAUAAUGAAAAAGAGAAGAAUAAAAAAGAGCUCAAUAAUACCGCAGAGGAUAACGAAAAUACACCGAGUGUGCAAAGUGAAGAAAAUGGGAGAAGAAAUGUCACAAUAAGUCAUAUGGGGGAGAAAGAAAAAAAAAAGAAAAAAAAUGAACAAAAUAGUUGCCUGAACAAACAAGAUUUAAUAAAAAGCUUAAAUGAAAAAUGGUCAGAUAAAUUAAACGAAAUUUAUACAAAGAAAAGUAUAAAUAUUAAGAAUAUACAAAAAGAUGAAAAGAUUGUUGAUCAUUUUAUAUCACCUAUAGUAAAAAAUGAAGUAAGUGUACAAAACUUAAAGGAAAAAAAAAGUGAAAUUAUAACGAAUUUUGAAAAAUUUUCCUCACAUUCAAAAAAGCAGAAUAAUAUAUCUUGUAAUAUAAAAAAUAAGAGUACAAAAUUUUUUCCUAAUAAUAAUACGAAUUCUAUGAACCACACACGAAAUCAAAAUUUGCAGGAAGAAAUAAUAAUACAAAAAAUUGUUUUACAGCAAAAUGACAUGAAUGACAAGGUCCAAAAAACGGUAAAUAGUAUUGAAAAUAUGCUUGACGAAACGGAAAGGAAAAAUAUGAAUAACUCUAUGAGAAAAUCUAAGAACUUCAAUAAAAGGAGAAACAGUGAAGUUCAAAAUAAUUUGAGUAGGGAGGAAGAAAUACAAAUCGACAGAUUGAGUAAGCAUUUCGAAUUUUCUUCAUCCCCUUCUUCGUUUCCUCCCUCUUUUCCUACGUCUUUUCCUGCAUCUUUUUCAACUUCUUUUUCAACGUCUCACAACAAAUCAUCCAUUUUUCUUGUUAAUCCAUUAGUGGUAAAAGAAGAGGAAAGUAUAGAUAAUGAAAAUCUGAAAAAAGGAAAUAAUCUUCUAUGUCCACAGAAUAUCAAAACAGAGGACACUGACAUGUUAGCACUGGAUUAUAAUUUACAACCUGAUGAUUCACGUGAAAUACAACGAAAAAUGAAAAAUAUUAAGGACUCUUUCAUUUAUGAAAAAUUAAAUAAUACCAAUUUAUUUGAAGAAAAGGAAGUAAAAAGGAGUAAUUCUAACUUAUCAGAAAAAUUAAUAAAUAUAAAAAUAUAUGAUGACUCGGAAAUAGAUGAAGUGGAUGACAAUGAAUCAGAUUCAUUUUGGUUUAAUAAAGAAGUAUCAGCUGUUUUAAAUAAAUCAGAAUAUUAUCCUAAUAAAUAUCUAGAUGAGCAUAUUGAAGGUAAGGCGAUAAAGAACGGUGAAAAUUAUAACUUUCUGGGAUUGAGCUCAACUGGUAAAUUGUCAAUGAAAAAAAAAAAUAGUAAUAAAAGGAUGAGGCAACAAAUUAAAAGGUGUAACAGUGAUAUAAUUAUGAUUGAAAGGGGGUUAAGCAAUGUUCUUAGAAAUAGAAAUACCUUCGAUAAUGUAAUGAUAAGGGGAAAUGAUGAUAAGGACAAAGAAAUUGAGGAAGCGUUUGAUGUACUCAACAGGGGUAGAAGCAGUAGAUGCGGUAAUACCUUAGAUAAAAGUAAAAAACAUAGUAACAGUAAUGACAAUAUCAGUUGUAAUAGCAUUGACAGUAUCAGCUGUAACAGUAAUGACAGUAUCAGUUGUAACAGUAAUAGCUAUUGUAGAAGUAAUAAUAAGAAAAAGACCGAAAGCAUGAACAUUUUAGGCAUGUUCGAAAAUGUUAAGGCCAAGUUAGCUAGGUAUAACCUCAAUGUUGAUAUUGAUAGAAUAAAUUUUAAAAACGUUGACAUAUAUCAAGUAGAUUUUGAAAAACUAGGUUUAAAUGUAGAUAAUUUAGAAAAGGAAGAAAAAUACAUUUUAUUGUUAUACAUUUCAGAAAAGAAAUUAGAGUAUGUUAAGAAUGAGAGACAAACAUUCAAGAGGAUGCAUUCGAAUAUAACACAGUUUCAGUCAAAUCAAAAGGAAAUGAUAAAAGUGAAAAAGAAUAGCUUAAAUAAUGAUUUUUAUGAAGAUUGUCAGAACUCGCAUAAAGGAGAUCAAUACAGUAAAAAAGAUAACACAUUAGUGGAUAAGCAGAAUUUGAGAAUUAGUAGAAAUGAUAACUGUACGAAUGAUUUAGGAAAGGCCGAAACAGAAGUAGAAAUAGUAGAAGAAGAAAGAAUUUUUACCCCCAAGUGCUCACCAGAGAAUGAAUGCAUAAACGAACGAAUAAAUUCUAGUACAUGUCACCCGCACGAUUCAUCUCUAUAUAAAAUAAUCAAUUCGCAUAAGUAUAUUUAUGCUUCUAACCAGUCUAAUGAUUAUAAUAUAUCUUUGAAAGAAGUACCGGAAAUGAAGAAAAUUAUGAAUAAUAAUAAUAUUGGAAGUAGUGGUACUGGCAGUAGUGGCACAUUUUGCGAAGUAGGGCUCUUCUUUGAGUUUUGCCGUAGAAUGAUAAAGCAGUACAACUUGCGGAGAGAAGUAUCGAGUAACAUAAAUUAUAUCAAUGAAAAAACUCUUUUAGAAAAAUUUUUUAAAAGUUUUAUUUAUUUAUUUAUUCAAGAUGAAUGCAUUGAUCAAUUUCUGAAAUGUUAUGAACAUGUUAAUGAGGUAAAAAAUGUAGAGGAUAGUUUGUUGAAAAACUCGCUAUGUGUAGAAUAUAUGUGUAACAUUCUUUUGAACGAUAGUGUAAACGAUACAGAAUGUAGUGAAAAAGAUGUACUGAAUAAUGAAUCUUUAAAUUUUCCCGAAAUGAUGAAAAAUAUAAUAAAAUAUUUUAUAAUAAAUGACAAUUUAGUUAGUAAAAUAAAAGAAAUACAAAUAAUUAAUAGGAUAUUAAAGGAUGAAGUUAAAACAUACUCUAUUAAAGUCCCAUGUAUGGAUUUAUAUUUUGAUGUAGAACCACAUUUCAUUGAAGAUGUUGAAAGAGUAGUAGUUGGAAAAGAUGUAGGCUUUUUUACUAUUCAGAUAUUGAACCAUGAUUAUACAUAUAAUUAUUACAAAAAUAAGAAGGAAACUAUAAUAAAUGAUCAAAAUAAUAAUCCUAUUUGGAAUUUUUUUUAUGGCUAUUUAAAUGAUAUAUAUUAUUGGUAUAAUGAAAAAGACGAAAACGCAUUACUUACACCUGUACAUAUAAAGGAUGGAUCAGUAAAUAGAGAUAUGAACAAUUCUAAAAGACUAUCUAGGAAUUUUAUUAAACCAAAAAAAAAUGAAAAUAAAGAACAACAGAAUAAUUUAAAACUAGAGGGAGAAUACGAUUGUUUUGAAAAUUUUGUUGACGAUAAAAGUAAUGAUUCUUUAAAAAAUUAUGAAGCACAUAGUAAAAAUGAUACAGGAGAUAAGAAAAACAAAGACUUACGAGGAGAAGGUGACAAAGUUAAAUCAAUAAAUACAGACAAAAUAAAUGAGAAACUCAAAAAAAAAUGUGAGCAGAUUGAUGAAGCAGAAUAUAUUCAUUUUAUCGAAAAGAACAAAUAUGUAAUGAAUAUGCAUAAAGGAGAAGGCGCAAAUGAGGAUGAAACAAUACUUAGCAGUUCUACUAAGAUAGAAGAGUUUCAAAUGUACAGUAACUUUUCAAGUGUUGACAAUUCUAAUUGUUUAGAUAGCCAUAUGAUGGAUAGUAACCCUCUCCAAAAAAAUCAUCCCCUUGGUACAGUUGAUAGUAGUACUAUUUGCAUUAGAAAUUAUACGGAUGCUGUAAAAGGGGGCCCCACAUCUAGCAGCAACAGUAGUAAUGGCGAUAGUAGGAACGAUAGAAGUAAUGAUAUAAGCAAUAUUAGUUGUAAAUAUAGUCGAAAUGAUAAUCGUAACUAUAGAAGUAAUAGUAAUACCAAACGUAAUGAUAACUGCGGUAGUACUAGCCAUGGCGAAGUACAACCCUCUACCCAUCUUGAACCGGACUAUUAUAGCACCUUUAUUACAGUUGAGAAAAUCGCAAAAUGUGAAAAUGAGGUACACAACGAGGAUGUAGCACAAAUGGUUUCAUUCCAAUAUAAAGGAUCCCUACCAAAAGAUAAAAUGAACGCCUCGAAUAAGAUAUGUAAGAUGAAUAAAAUGAGUAAGAAUACAAAUAGAAUAGGUAGCUAUUUUUCCUCAUAUAAUAACGAAAUAUUAACUGCUGUUCAUCUUAAAAAUGAAAAGGUCGAGAAUUUUUCAGAUGCGCACUUUAUAUUGGAAAGAUGUAGAAAGUAUAACAAACAAAUAAGUAUGUCAUAUGUGCAUAUAUUAAAUUCAAAAACCAAAAAAUAUUUGGCUGUAAAUCUGGAAAAUAAAAAAUUUUUAUUUACAAAUAAAUAUGAUGACACAUUUUAUACAGAUGAGUUUAAUAUCCAGAAUAAAAUAUCAACAUAUUUCCAAUUACAGUCCAUAACUGAUAUGAUGAAAAAUAUUUUAAUUGAAGAUAUAGUUCAAACAUUUGUUGAUAUUUUGUUGAGUCAGGAAAUGAAUAUAUUGAAUCAAAAAAAAGAUACACUUACAACAACACAUCUCCAUAUUGGAUAG